AUGCACUUCUCCACUCUCGCCGCUGUUGCGGCUGUCGCGUCUUUCGUCAGUGCCCAUGGCGGUAUGGGACUGCCCAAGAUCGCUGGUAUCAACAUUCGCGACUUGAAGUCCCGUGACCUGCUUGCCAACCUUGAGGCUCGCAUCGCCGAGGCCCAGACUGCUCAUGCUCAUGAGAACCGUUUGAAUAUCCGCCAGGACGACCGCGAGUGCGGUGCUGGUAUUGGCUCUUGUGCUGCUGGACAGUGCUGCUCUGGCGCUGGAUACUGCGGUACCGAGCCCGACUACUGCUACUCUCCUGGCUGUGACUACAAGUACGGUUCUGGCUGCCCCGAGAACAUUACUCCUGCCGGUACCAACACUUCAACUGUUGCCCGUACCAAGGUCGGUUCCGUUGCCUAUGGUGGCGCUGGUGUCUACAACUGUGUUACCCCCGGCACAGUUGCUCUGACCUACGACGAUGGUCCACAGAAGGACUACACUUCUCACGUUCUGGAUGUCUUCAGGACAUACAACGCCAAGGCCACUUUCUUCAUCACUGGCAACAACAUCAACAAGGGUGAAAUCGACACGACUCCUGAGUACGUCAGCGUCAUCAAGCGCAUGGACUCCGAGGGUCACCAGAUCGCAUCCCACACCUGGACCCACUUGGAUCUGAGCGCUGUCUCUUCCAUCGACCGCAAGCAGCAGAUGUGGAAGAACGAGAUGGCUCUUCGCAACAUUGUUGGCAAAAUCCCUGCCUACAUGCGCCCUCCUUACUCUAGCUGCACAGCUGCUUCUGGCUGCGAAAAGGACAUGGCUGACCUCGGUUACCACGUCAUUUACUUCGACGUUGAUACCGACGACUACAACCAAGACGACGUCAACAAGAUUCAGAACUCCAAGAACAACUUCAAAGGCAACAUUACUGCCAACGGCGCUUCUGCUGCCAACAACCAGUGGUUGAGCAUUGGCCACGACAUCCACUACCAGACCGUCUACAACCUGACCGACUACAUGCUGUCUACCCUUACUGGACUCGGCUACAAGGCUGUUACCGUCGGCGAGUGCCUCGGCGACCCUUCCGCCAACUGGUACCGCACUGCUGGCGGCGCCGGCUCUGGAUCUGGUACCACCCAGUGAUCCCACUGGAAUGGAAGGCCUGGACUUGACACGAUCGGAAGUCAGUUCAGAAGAGCGCCAUUGAUCAGGCGGCGCAUCGUCUGAAACUUGAAAGUCGGCUAUUCGACAGGACCAUUUCCCCCGAGAUCUGGCGUCACCUCCUUGCCCUGUUUUGUUUGGUGGCUCGCGCUGGCUUACUCUUACAUUUUGUGAACACUCGUCUAACAUUAUUAUUAGCCCGCUACUUCUGGCACUAAAACCUCAACUGCUCCUGCUGCUACUGGAACAAAGAAGGUUUCCACUGAUGGAACCUGCGGCUCGGCCGCCGGAACGUAAGUUGAGUGAAAUUCAGUUCGGCCCAACACAACUAACCAAAACACAGCACCUGUCUUGGCUCCACCUUCGGAAACUGCUGCAGUCAAUACAACUAUUGCGGUGCUACUACCGACCACUGCGGAACUGGCUGCCAGUCAGGCUUUGGUAACUGCGGUGGCAACGGCGCUGUUACAUCCAAGGCUGCCACCAGCACUGUCAAGCCCGCCACCUCCACCGCUAAGACAUCUGCCGCUGCUACCGCUACUUCUGGCUCCAAGGUCUCUACUGACGGUAACUGCGCUGGCACUGGCAAGAUAACUUGUCUUGGGUCUACCUUGUGAGUUGAUCGUGAUCUUGAUUCAGCCUAACACAACUAACAAAACUAAAGCGGAAACUGUUGCUCGCAAUACGGAUACUGCGGCGCUACUACCGGCCACUGCGGAACUGGUUGCCAGUCUGCUUUCGGUACAUGCGGCUCGUCUGGUUCCAAGCCUGCUACCACGACUGUGAAGCCGGCUGCUACCUCCGCUGCCGCUCAGAAGGUCUCUACCGACGGAUCCUGCGCUGGAACCGGCAAGAUCACCUGCAAGGGCUCUGCCUUCGGAAACUGCUGCUCGCAAUACAAUUACUGCGGCACCACUACCGGCCACUGCGGCACCGGCUGCCAGACUGGUUUCGGCACCUGUUCUUAA